CCUUCUUUGGAACCAAUCAAAUGUAACCUCAUUUUUGAGAUGCCCGCUCUCUGGCUUCACACCUUCAGUUCUCAAAAACUCUUCAAUGAUGCAUCUGUUUACUAUCCUCUGUGGAGUAUUUCACCUGUCAGCAGUGGUCCGGUCCGCAGCAGUCGAACAAGACACCGGGGUUAUAUCAGUCACUGCCGGGGACAACGUGACAUUAAAAUGCUUCUAUGACAGCCAAGUGGCAAUGCACUUCUCCUGGUACCGACAAAUCUUGGGAGGUGGACCUGAGCUCCUGUCUACGAUUUACAAGUACGAUAAACCGACCAAAGUGUCCCCGUGGAUGGAGAAGAACCCUCGUUUCUCUCUCCAGAGGAUGGAGAGGACCAAUCAUCUACUCAUCUCUGAUGUCCAGUUCUCUGAUUCAGCUUCGUACUUCUGUGGAAGCUCGCACUCCAACAUUGUGGAAUUUGGAGAUGGAGUUUUUCUGAGUGUUGAAGCUCACCUGUCAGCAGUGGUCCGGUCCGCAGCAGUCGAACAAGACACCGGGGUUAUAUCAGUCACUGCCGGGGACAACGUGACAUUAAAAUGCUUCUAUGACAGCGAAGUGGCAAUGCACUUCUCCUGGUACCGACAAAUCUUGGGAGGUGGACCUGAGCUCCUGUCUACGAUUUACAAGUACGAUAAACCGACCAAAGUGUCCCCGUGGAUGGAGAAGAACCCUCGUUUCUCUCUCCAGAGGAUGGAGAGGACCAAUCAUCUACUCAUCUCUGAUGUCCAGUUCUCUGAUUCAGCUUCGUACUUCUGUGGAAGCUCGCACUCCAACAUUGUGGAAUUUGGAGAUGGAGUUUUUCUGAGUGUUGAAGGAGCCAACCUCAAAGAAAUAGACCAGAGGCCAGCGUUUAAGAUGGUCCAGCCAGGAAGCUCUGUGACUCUGAAUUGUACAGUACACACUGGGAGCUGUGAUGACAAGCACAGUGUUUACUGGUUCAGACAGGGAUCUCUCAAAGGAAUCCUCCACACACAGGGAGACCGCCGUAAACAAGUCUCCACACCAGGAUCCCCCUCACAAAGCUGUGUCUACCAUUUGCAGAAGGUCAACCUGAGCUCCUCUGAUACCGGGACCUACUACUGUGCUGUGGCCUCCUGCGGGGAUAUCCUGUUCGGUAAUGGGAGCAAGCUCCUCAUCACAGACGGUGCAGAGGAAGAGCUGAGAAUCCUAGUCUGGCUCUCCAUCAUCAGAACGGGGAUCCUCCUGUUGUUUGUGACAAUCUGUCUUUUGGUUUUUCUCAAUAAGAACAGAAAAAAGUCCUGAAUAGUUUGUAGUUUGGCUCUUGCAGACUCUGUGUUACAGUUUAAUCACAUGUUUUAUGAAAAAGUUUUCACAGAUGUGUAAGAUACACAUUUAUAUUUUGUACGUUACUCUUUUCUGAAUAAAAUCAACUCUCAACAUAA